AUGCCUUUCACACGGUUCACCUCGAAGAACAGCGAAGGCGCCCAUCGCCUCGCUGAACAGCUCAACUUUCACUUCUCUGGUAGGACUAUGAAAAACCGCCUCAUGAAGGCCGCCAUGGCCGAGCAGUUGGCGACAUGGGACCCAGAUAGCGCAGAGAACAGCGGCAUUCCCACCAAAGAACUAAUCGAACUAUAUCGCCGAUGGGGCCAAGGCGCAAACAACUGGGGCAUGAUCGUUACUGGAAACAUCUCCAUCUCGUACGAGUCCGUUGCCAUCCCGGGAGAUGCCAUCAUCACGCAGGAUGCACCGUUCAGCGGACCUCGCUUCGAGGCCUUCAAGGAACUAGCAGCAGUCGCCAAAGCCAACGGCUCGCUGAUAGUCGGACAACUCAACCACCCGGGCCGCCAACAGCAGGCGAAAUACGCGCGAGGCCACGAAGUCAUCGCCCCUUCCGCCAUCCAGCUCGCCCCAAAAUCCCUCAUGACCUUCGCCAAGCCCCGCGAAGCAACGCAAACCGACAUAACCACCGUAAUCAACAGCUUCGCCCACGCCGCCGCCUUCCUCGCCGCCGCCGGCUUCGACGGCAUCGAGCUGCACGCCGCGCACGGCUACCUCAUCGCGCAGUUCCUCUCCCCGAGCACCAACCGCCGCACCGACGCGUACGGCGGCUCUUCUCUCCGCAACCGCAUGCGGCUCCUCCUCGAGAUCGGCGCCGCCAUCCGCGCCCGCGUCUCACCUUCAUUCAUCGUCGGCGUCAAGCUCAACAGCGUCGAGUUCCAGGCCGGCGGCCUCACGCCGGACGAGGCGGCCGAGCUGUGCCGCGCGCUGCAGCAGCAGGCGGGGGCCGGGUUUGACUUCGUCGAGCUGAGCGGCGGCACGCUCGAGACGGUCGACGACAUGCGGUGGGAGAAGCCGAGCACCGCCGCGCGCGAGGCGUUUUUCCUCGAGUUUGCGAAGCAGAUUGCGCCGGCCCUCGGCACGCCGGCGGAGCGUAAGACGAAGCUGUUCGUCACGGGCGGCUUGCGGACUGUUGGCGGGAUGCUGGCGGCGCUGGAGGGCGGGUGCGAUGGCGUUGGGCUGGGGAGGCCGGCGGCGCAGGAGCCGGAAUUUGCGAAUGAUGUGGUCGAAGGCCGCGUGCAGGCCGCGGUGAGGGCGGUGCCGCCGUUUGAUUUGGGCAGCAAUUUGGGGAUCCCGCUGGUCAUGGCGGCGGUGCAGAUGAGGCAGAUUGGGCAGGGGAAGGAGCCGUUUGAUGGGAGUGAUGAGGAGCGCGUUGCUGAGUUUCAGAGGGCGUUGGGAGAGUGGUUUAAGGCUACUGCGGCGAGCCAGGAUAGCCUUUCUCAACAUGGUUACUUUGACUUUUAG